GAAGUCCAGAGUCCUGAACCAGUCCACCCUGACGCCCUCAACACGCGCUCGGAGAAGAAGAAUUAAACUAACCCUUCUCGGCUUCUCCUUCCUUCCUUCCCCGUCCCGAUCGUGUCAUCAAAACCGCCGCUUUCCACAGCACCACCAGCAGCAGCAGAACCAAGUCCCGCAAUCCCGUUUCGCGCACGCGGCUGCCGCCUCGCCACGCGAUCGAUUUCGGGGCCCUGCCGCCUGCCGCGGGCGAUGAGGAGCAGCAGCAGCACCAGCAGCGGCGGGGGGAGGAGGAGGCGGACGAGCGACUACCACGGCGGCCGCGCCAGCAGCGGCGACCUGUCCCGCUUCUCCGUCGCCACCGCGGCGUCGUCCUCUUCCUCCGCCCCCGCCGCCUCCGAGCGCUCCGCCAACGGCGGCCGCGGGGCGGCCUUCCUCGACGCCUUCCGGUCCUGCUUCUCCCCCGCGGAGGCCCGCUCGCCGGAUACCUCCUUGUCCGAGGACUUCCACCCCUCCCGCCAACUCUCGCAGUCCAUAAGCUCUCAAGGUUCUAGCAGUGGAAGCACUUUUGAGAGCAAGAGAUCAACUAGAGGACUGUAUGGCCCCAUUCAUAGGAAUUCUUCAGAAAGGGAGAUACCUGGAGACAGAAAGUUCUCAUUGCCAGAGAUCCAGAAAGCAACAAAGAACUUCUCGCCCAACCUGAAGAUUGGGCAGGGUGGUUCUGGGACAGUAUACAGAGGUCAGCUCAGUGAUGGCACCCUCGUUGCUGUCAAACGGGCUAAGAAGAAUUUGUAUGACAAGCACAUGGGUCACGAGUUCCGGAACGAGAUAGAGACAUUGCGAUGCAUUGAACACCUGAAUUUGGUUAGGUUUCAUGGGUUCCUUGAGUAUGGUGGUGAGCAGUUGAUCAUUGUGGAGUAUGUUCCCAAUGGCAAUCUUCGAGAACAUCUGGAAGGUCUAAAUGGAAAAUUUCUAGAGUUUUCUGUGAGAUUGGAAAUUGCAAUUGACGUGGCUCACGCUAUUACGUAUCUUCACACCUACUCUGAUCAGCCGGUCAUCCACAGGGACAUCAAAUCCUCGAACAUUCUUCUCACGAACAAUUGCCGGGCUAAGGUUGCUGACUUUGGAUUCGCCAAACUGGCUCCUAGUGAUGCUACCCAUGUCUCUACUCAAGUGAAAGGAACAGCAGGUUAUCUUGACCCAGAAUAUCUUAGAACAUACCAGCUCACUGAGAAGAGUGAUGUCUACUCCUUUGGGGUGCUGCUGGUGGAGUUGGUUACUGGGAGGCGCCCCAUAGAUCCAAAGAGGACCAUCAUUGAACGUGUCACUGCAAAAUGGGCAAUGGAAAAAUUUGCUGAGGGGGAUGCGAUAUUAACGCUGGAUCCAAACCUGGAAGCGACCGAUGCAAUUAACCUAGCAGUCGAGAAGAUAUACGAGCUGGCAUUGCAGUGCUUAGCACCCAAAAAGAGGAACAGACCGAGCAUGAGACGGUGUGCCGAGAUCCUAUGGAGUAUACGUAAAGAUUACAGGGAGUUGGCUCUACUACCAACCUCCUGCAUGAAUUGAGGAAGUUCAUCUAGAGCAAUCAAGAAAAGAAAAGCAAAAUCUCAGAUUGCCUCUCUUAAAAGCAUGGAGGCAUGGAUUACACGAUUGGUGGGUGCUGAAUCUACACCUUCAGCUAGGGUCUACGACUCUAUGUAGUUAUGAAAUGGGACACGUGGCCUUCCUAGAAAGCAUGUGUUCAUUAGAUAGCAGCUAGGAAGAAUUCCAUAGAAGUCCUAUAUAUAUACAUGUAUCCGGAAAUUUACUGUUGUCUGAGUAACACAAACAGUUUCGAAUAUGAAUAUACAAUGGUAUGCAUAUGUUGUAGUUUUUUUUUCUUCACUUCUCUUACACUGGUAGAUGGAUAAAGAAAUAUGAUUCCUGAGGA